AUGCGCGCCAUGCUGCGACUGCUGGGCAGGCUGCCCGGCGUUGAGUGCACUGUCGCAACCGAGGAGGCGGCCCUCAACGCCGCCUACUACAACGUCUCCGACGCGCAGUUUGGCCGGCAGGAUUGCAAUGGCUGCACCAGCUUCCGGUCUGUUUGCCAGGGCCCGAGCGGCAGGCGCGUCGUCAUCGAGUUCCUUCGCAUGGAGUUUGUGCUGGACUCUGAGCUUGCUGCGCCGAUGCGCAUACACUGGGACAACAAUUGCGACUUCACCCAGUCGCCCCCAUGCAAGUGGUUCUGGAACAGCCAGCAAUUUCUGUUUGAAGGGUACCUGAAGCAGCGGCGUCUGCCGCCGGAUCACAUACACGUUUUCCAGAACAUGCACGACUGCUCGCGCCGCUCGCCGGCCGAUUUUCGGCGCGACCUGUCGUGGUUCCUCGACGUGCUCGACACAAACCUGCACCCCGGCACCAAUGUGUAUUUUUGGGAGGCGCCGCACCCGACUGGCUCGAAGCAGCCCGACCAGUGGCGCAACGUCACCUCCCCCGCCUGCAUGCGCCGCAUGAACGACGCCGUGAAGCGGGCCGUCGCGCCGUUUCUGGAGCGCACGGCGGCCGCGGCCGCGAACGCCUCCGCCAGGGAGCAGGCCUGGUGGUACGCGACGUUUGACCUGUUUGGCCCCACAGGGGGCCGGCCGGACCUGAGUGAGGACGGCGUGCACAUGCGAGGAGACUGGUACGAGACCCUGGCGCGCGCGCUGGUCGCGGGGACGUGCGGCAGCGGCCCCGGGUGGCGCGGCAGCCGCGGCGGCUCGCAGGAAAGCGGCGACGCAACACGCUUGGCGCGGAGGGCGUAG